AUGAAUGUAGUGGGGGACAUUGUUUUUGAAAGGGUUGUAAAAGCAGCUGGUGAUGGUGGCUCGUUGUGCUGGAACAUGAAACCAGUCGUCACACAAUCGAUCGCAACACAACAACGCAGCAAAGCCCGAGACGAUAAGCGAGUGAGUGGUUAUAGAGGAAGAAUGGUGGGCGGGAGAUCGGAGGUGAGUGAUGUGAAGACCAACAAGGAGGUCCAGGAGCUGGGGAGGUUCUCCGUGAAGGAGUUCAACAACAACAGGAGCCGGUACGGAAACGGUGGUGGAGUUAGAAAACUGAUGUUUUCGGAGGUGGUGGAAGCACAGAAGCAGGUGGUUUCUGGGCUCAAGUAUUAUUUAAAGAUUGCGGCCACCACACAGAAUGGAGAGAAGCAGAUGUUUGAUUCGGAAGUUGUGGUCCGGCCUUGGCUUCGAUCCAAGGAGCUGCUUGCCUUUGAGCCUUCAACUCUCGAACUGAGGGGUUUGUCGGCUUGCAUCCGUUCUCGAGCUGAUCAAUGUGGUAAAGCUGGCGAAAGUUAA